UACAUUAAGCUUGCUUGAUGACAAUGUUAUUUACAUUAUGGCGAAUGAGAGCAUGUGCCAUCCGACAGCAUAUGUACUUACUGUGGACACCAAAAGUUUGAAGCUCGAGUCUGGUGCGCAGUGUGCUCCUCAAAAGACGGCGUGGUUCGAACCAACAUAUGAACCGUGUGUUCUUUUUAGCUCUUUUGGCACGACUUCAGAGUUGGUUAAAGAAUUUGAAACCAAAGGGACAAUAUUUGAAAUCAAGGAAGGGCCGGUGCUCUCGGUGGUGUCGAAGCGUCUCUGUGUGCUGCGGAAGAAGCAGAAUCGCAUCGCGCAGAUGGAGGAGUCCGUCGCUGCCGGCAAGAUGCUUAACCAGGAGCAGAAGGAGCUCAUGCACUCCAAGCCCGUCAUCGCCGCGCUCAUUGACAAGCUUGAGCGCCUCCGCGUACCACUCUCCACUGCUCUCACCAAGGAGCUCUCCACCGUCCCUGCACCUGCUGCCGGUUCCUCAUCCUUUGGCUCCGAUUUGUCCAUCCAGGACCUCCUCGCGCUCAUCUACUUCGGCUCCCUUUUUUAUGUCAAGUCACCGAACGAGUUCAUCGCCACCAUGGUUGCGCGCAAGAACGAACGGAGCAGCUGCAUCACCCACGGCUACGUAUGGGAUGAUACCGUGGACCUGCUCGUGGAGAACGACCUUGAUGCAGUGUCUGCUGUGGCGGCCCUUGCCGCGGCUCGCCCUUCUUCCGCAGAUGGUGUCUCCCACCAUGACGCACUCCAGGCCUGUGCCCAUCAUGCCCGCCUAUGGCUAACCCGUGCUGAUGCGCCGAUCCACCCUGGCUCCUCUGUUACAUAUGCUGCGGUGAGGUCCAAGUUAGACAGGAUCAUGGCAUCAGACUACUACACAGCACCUGCAGUUGCUGGGAACCAUGGAGCUGAAGGUCUGCAGGCACAGAUGAGCAUGACCGACUCACCAGAGGCACCAUCACUCAAGGAGACCCUAGCUGCUGAAAAUCACAAGGAGGACGAGGAAGAUUCCUCGCAUGCCACAGAAAUCGACAAUGAUCAUCAGUCUAAUGCAGCCGAUGUGCAAAAUGUGGAUGGUAAAACCCUGGUGAACCCUCGUGUGGAAUAUCGCGUGGCUGAGGCAGAGCAGGAGAAAUUUGAUGUGAAAGAACAAGAUCAGAUGUAUGCCGAGCCAAAAAAGCGACAGUUUCAGCACCCUCGGCAAUCUUGUCAGAACCAGUGA